AAGAGAGGGGAGGGAGGAGAGAGAAACAGCCGCCUUCAAAAAUGGCGUCUUCAAGGGAAAAUGACUAAUAUUAUGAAAAAAGACGAGGCCGCGAUCUCAAAAUCUAGUUGGAUUAAAUCGCAAUUAGGACGUUGAUUAUUUUUUUAGUGGUAGUUUAUCGUCUCUUUCUCAAAACGCGAAAACAAAGGGAGGACGAAAAUAUGAAAAUAGAGCAACACCAUCUUAUUCGGAUGCGUCGACAGGGCUAGCUCGAUGCUAGCUAGCUCACAACAAAUUUGGGGUGGGAAUUUUUUUGCAUGCCAUAUCGUAAUGCAUUGAGAUUACACUUACUCCUAAUAUCGCGGCACACUUUGCUUGAGAAUUUAGGCUAUAAUGUAACAGCGGUUGAUCCACCCUGCGUGCGUGGCCAUUAGCUUACCUUUCGACUCAAGUAAAGUAAGCGGAGAGAGGGUAGAAGAGGCGGAGGAAAGGACGUGUACGGUCAUAUGUGUACAUCAGUAAUUUAUUGCUUUCCGAAUUUCAUUGUAUCAUCUUUUGCAGCACAGCUAUAGGUUUUCAUAGAGAAUGUUUUUUGUUUAAAGGUAGGGGAGGGAGAGUAAUACAGGAGGUAACGUUUUUUUUUAUUAAUCCAGAGGACGGUGAACACCCCCCUCUAUUACCCUCUCCUCCAUUUCUCUCCCUCUCAAUAUGCCGUAUUUCCACUCGCAUGGAUUUGCUUUUUGAACGGAGGAUAAUGAACAGAACCUGACAGUCACGAAGACCUAGUCUCACAGUCGGGAUUAUUGGAACCCGCGUUCCGCUGCCUCCAUCAGCUCUGUCGCACAUAUUUCACUAAUGGAUAGAAAUUACCCAGGAGCGGGCUUUGGUGAUCUAGGCGCAGGAGCAGGAUGGAGCUAUGAGAGAUCGGCGAAGGCAAGUCUGGUCUAUGGAAGCUCCAGGUCAUCGCAUCCAGAGUCAGACCUUCUUCACCGACAGGCCUAUGCCACACCCCACCCUCUGCAGGGCUAUGCAACUAAUCACCACCCAGGUAGCUCUGGACAGGGAGGAGCUUGGGGUGCAGCUGGGCGAAGUUUGGGCCUGUCAGGGUUGUUUGAUGCAGGGCUUCACCACGCCAGCCCCUCAGGUGCAGAUGCAUCCGUCAUGAACCUGAUAUCUGCCCUGGAGUCCCGUGGUCCUCAGCCGCCGCCUUCCGCCUCCUCCCUCCUCUCGCAGUUCCGCACGCCUUCCUGGCAGACUGCGAUGCACACCCCAGCCCCAGCUGAGCUCUUCAUCUCUGGCGCCCUUCCCGGAUCUGGCUCCUUCCCAUCAUCCUCCGCUCUGUCUGCCUAUCAGCACCCGGCCUCGUUCUCUGGCCGCUCCUUCCCCGGCGUCUCCUUGCAGGACACCUCCACCUUCAGCCCCACCUCCAACGGCCUCCUCUCCCCCCACGACCCGCUGCUACACAUCAAGACGCCCUCCCAGUCCAGCCUGGGCUUCGACCGGUUGCUGUCGUCUCAGGGCGCGGCGGCCUACCGUGGGGGUCACGACCCCACGGGGGGCAGUGUAUCGUCGGCCCAGGCGUCCGCUUCGGCGGCGGCGGCGGCAGCUGCCUCAGCCUCGGCGCGCCACCUCCAGUCGCACCAGUUCAACCUGCUGUCGUCCCAGCUCCAGGACCAGUCCUCGCAGCUGUACGGCGCCUCCGUGUUCUCCUCGGCGCCCGCCCCACCACCCCCGCAGCCGAGCAGCCAGGAACGGACGGCGCCCCGGCAGGACAGCGUGAUCAAGCAUUACCAGCGGCCCAGCUCGGCCCAGGCCCCCUCGUCCACCCCGCACCCCCUCCAGCACUAUCUCAGCUGCGGGGUGUCCGGGUACCAACAGCCUCCUCCUCCCACUCACUCCCGUCACGGAGGCCUCUCCGCCUGCAGCCCGCUGGGGGAGCACAGCCCCUCGUCGGACCACAAGCCCUCCCCCAGGAUCGAGCAGUACCGGCCCAUCAUCCAACCCCCGUACCCUUCCUCCUCCUCUUCCUCAGGAGCUGCCGGAAAAGGGACGAAGAGCAACUCCAGCAGCGGCUACUCGUCCUCCGGGUCGGGGUCGUCGUCACGGACCCCUCACACUCCCCCUUCGGCGUCCUCUGCCUCGUCCUCCUCUUCUUCCUCAUCCUCUUCCUCCUCAGCGGCCGGCGUGCGACCAUCCAACUCCCUCCCGACCUCCAGCUCCACCUCGGCUCCAUCCCGCCAGCAGCCGCCCACUCAGUCCGCGCCCCCUCCCCCGCAGACGCACCCUCAGCCCGCACCCACCUCCUCCAACUCCACACAGCAGUCCAUACCCAAGUCCUGCCUGUCCGGCUACGGGUCUCCUGUGGCCUCCGUCAAGCCCUCGAGCAGCCUGACCGGUCAGACGCCACCCCAGCCACAGGCCCAGCCUCAGUCUUACUCCCCCGGUCAGCCACCGUCCUCCCACCUCUCACAGUCCUACGGGGGCUUCAGCUCCCCGCAGGCCCACGAUCUGCCCUCUGCCAGGGCCUCUGGCGUCAGCAAGGGCUAUGGCAGCAUGGGCGGACAGUCCUUCUCGGCCGACUCUGUGUACGGGGCGGAUUCUGGGUACGGCUCGUUGCCGCCCUCUCUGGGGGGUGCUGGGAGCCCAUCUAUGGGCUACGGAGCCGCCGGGCACUCCCCCGCUCUCCUGCGCUCUGGGGCAGGUGGCGGAUCGGCGGGUGGGGGCAACAGUGCUGGCAGCGGGGGCACCGGAGGUGGCAGCAGCGGAGGCGGUGGGUCCUACCACAUCCCUGACUCCAGCCCAUCUCCCUCCGGCAAUUCUGGAAUUAUCCGUCCAGGGCUGCACUCCCCCGUGCCCUCCAGGCCUGUCCAGUCGCCCGUAGGGGCCGCCGGCUCGAACAAGUACCUGUCAUCGGUCCUGUCUCCCUCCUUCCUGCCGUCGCCUCAGGGCUACCCUGACACACGGGGACCGCGCUCCCAGUCCUACCACCCUCCGCCUCCGCCCAAAUCCAAGUCGGACGCGGGCCUGCUCGGGGUGAACGAGAGGGCUCCGCCGGAGGACGACGACGAGGAGGACUUCCUCAUCCAGCACCUGCUCCAGUCUCAGAGCCCUGCGGCCCAGGCCUCCCACCACCACCCUCCGCCAACUGCCCAGCAGCAGCAGCAGCAGCAGCAGCCUGUGGCCUCAGCUCAGGACGCGGGCAAGGGUCUCGCCUACGAGAUGAGCAAGAGCUCAGAGGAGAGGUACCACCUCCAGAGUGUCAUCCGCACGCACAGCGCCACGUCCAACAGUGGCGUCACUGGACCUGGCGCCAGUGCUGGCCUGGACAGCCAGCUGGAGAUGUCAUUGAAGAAACAGCAGCAGCAACAGCAGCAACAACACAAGCAGCAUCAACAACAACAACAACAACAACAGCAACAGCAGCAGCAUAAGCAGCAUCAACAACAACAACAGCCACCGCAACAACACCAACCGCAACAUCAACAGCAGCAUCAGCAGCAACACCCACAGCAGCACCAUCAACAGCAGCAGAAGAGCAGCAGAUCCAUCAACGACGGACGGGGCAGCACGGACCAGACACACCCCCACUCGCACCACCACGACGCCCUGGGCUCCGUGGUCCACUACGGCCGCGGUGACCCCUACUCCCAGCAUCCGCUGUCUCAGCACGCGCCCGGGCACCACCCACACAGCUCUCACAGCUCCCACAGCUCCCACUCCUCGCACGCCCCACACACCCCCACGCACCCGCACCUGCACUCCCACCCUCACAUGGAGCUCCAGAAGAAGGCCCAGGACUCGGCUGACAUGGCAUACGUGUGCAAGACUCCCGAGGUGCCACCGCAGCAUCAUCAUUCGCACCAACACGCGCAGCAACAACAACAACAACAGCAACAUCAACAUCAACAACAACAACAACAACAACAGCAUACGCAACAACAGGCGCAGCAGCAGCAGCAACAGCAACAGCAGCACCAUCAUCAACAGCAGCCUCCACCCCAGCACGCGCAACACCACCCGCAGCAGUCCCACCAGCAGCAAUCCCAGCAGCACCACGCACCGCAGUCGCGCUCGUCCCAGUCGCAGUCGUCCAUCUCCAUGAUGGACUCUCCGACUGAUCAGCCACGGCAGCCUCCACACUUGCUCCAGUCGGUGCUCUCCCACACCACGCGGAACAAGAUGGAUGCCCAGCAACAACAACAACAACAGCAGCAGCAGCAGCAGCACUCCAUGAGCCAGCAGCAGGCCAUGAUGGAAGCAGCGGCAGCCGGGGGAGUGGUGGCAGCGGAGAGCCAAGCCCGACAGCAGCAGCAGACCUCCCAGCUGCAGCUCCAACUCCAGUCCCAGGCUUUAGAGUCAGUGGGCCACUACGGGCGUGGGUCUCAACAGCAGCAGCAGCAGCAGCAGCAGGACCAGUCGCGGUCCAAAUCCUCGACGGUGUCGUCCCUGGACAUGCUGGAGCGCUCCCUCUCGCGGACGUCCAGCACGGAGGGCGGCAUGGGUGACGAGAGAGGCAGCGGCGGGGGAAGCGGUGGACGAGGCAUGGGAGCUCGGGGAGAGGCCGGGAGCGCCGGGUCCAUGGACCGCCACCGAGCCCAGCAGGAGCAGCAGCAGAGACACCCGUCUCACCACGCUCAGCAGCACCACGCGUCCGAGCUGCACUCCUACCUGUCGGAGCCGGACCUGGGCCUGUCGGCCGCUGCUGCCCACGGGCACCACAUGCCCACAUCGCACCACCAGGCCCCUCCACCGCCACACCCAAACUCCCACCACCAACACCCCCACUCACAGCAGCAGCAGCAGCAGCAGCAGCAGCAGCACCCCAGCGCCCAGAACCACCCGCACCACAUGUCCAACUCGCAGGCCACGGGGUCAGCCGCCCAGCAGCAGCAAGACAGGCCUCACCCCGGUCACUCGGCCCAGCUCCAGCAGCCGCCUCCGCUGGACCAGGCCCACCAGGCGGCGGAGCAGCACCAGUACGGCACGCGGAGCCCGGCGGUCAAGUCCGGUGGCAUGGGCCAGGGUCAGCCGCAGAACCAGACGCAGCAGAGCCAGAGGUACGUGCCGCUACCGUCCAUCUGCUUCCCGGACUCGCUCCUGCCGGACGAGGACCGCUCCUUCUUCCCGGGGAUGGAGGACAUGUUCUGCCCCGACGAGUACAAGUCCAGCUGCCACGGAGGCGAGAACCAGGGGCAGGAGGCAGUGCCUCAGGGCCACGGGGGGCAGGAAGGCAUGGAGGGCAUGAAGGGGGCUGGAGCAGGCAGAGGAGACGGUACUGAAGCUGGUUAUGACAUGCUAGGACACCACAGUGACCAAGGGUAUGGCCAGUACUGCCCCGACCUUUCCGAGUCUGACAACGGAACCAUGCACUUGGACCUGGACUCACUGAAGACUCACGAGCUGCCGUCCACCGUCAACACAGAACAACUUGGCCUGAUUCAGUCCCAGCCGCAGGGUCUUGGCAUGGGCGGCGCCGGAGCCAUGGGCGACGGGCCCGGGAACAAGAUGAGCAGUGCUGCUGGUUCGGGUCCGGGCGCGGGCGGACUCACCUCGCCGAUCUUCUGCUCGUCCCGACCCAAGAAGCUCCUCAAGUCCAGCUCCUUCCACCUCCUCAAGGAGAGGCCCGACCCCAACUCGAUGCCCAAGAAGAGCUACGCGCAGGAGUACGAGUUCGAGGACGAUGAGGACAAGGCCGACGUUCCCGCCGACAUUCGCCUGAACAGCCGCCGGCUCCCGGAUCUGAUCCCCGACCUCGUCUCCAGCUGCCGAAAGUCCGGCGGAGGUGGGAUGGGAGGCGGCGCCAUGAACCCGCUCAUGGAAGACCUCGAUUUCGGGUACCCCUCUCUCGGCCCUCCCCCUCAACUGCUGCCCCACGACGGGCCCAAGAAGAGGGGCAGGAAGCCCACCAAGCCCAAACGGGAAGGACCCCCACGGCCGCGGGGUCGUCCGCGGAUCCGCCCGUUGCCCGAGCCCCACCUGUCGAGGAGCAUGAUGGGUGAGAUGGGGACAGGCUACGUUCCCCCAGAGAGGGGCAGGGGCCGUGGACGAGGCAGAGGCCGAGGGAGGCGGGAGGAGGCCAUGAUGGACAUGGAGAUGACGCAUAAGGAGCAGAACCAACUGUAUCAUCAACACAUGCAGCAGCAGCAUCACCAUCACCAACAUCAGCAACAACAACAACAACAACAUCAUCAUCAUCAACAACAACAUCAACAGCAACAACAGACGAUGCCCCAUCAGCACCAGGAACCCAUUAAACCCAUUAAGAUCAAACUGCCCAUCAGCUCGGUGCCGUCCUCUGAUGCUCUGCUGCGGACGGACUCCCUAUCUGGCACUGACCAGGCCCUCUCUGACGGUUCCGUUGGGUCCGCUCCCUCUCUGGGCCUCAGUCCAGGGACCCCUGGCCCACCUGACCUCAACAGAAGCCAGGAGAAGGGCAAGUCCAAAAGCCAGGAGGCUGAUGACAAAGAGCCAGAGAAGUCUGGCUUUAUGGCAUCUUUCUUGGACUUCCUGAAAUCAGGCAAGAAGACUCCAGGGAUGGGGAUGCCCCCAUGUCCCGGGGUCGGCCCUGGCAACGGGGACGCCUCUCCGGGUAAGACGGGUGGGAUCCGUCCCCUCUCUCCCCCUCCGCCCCCACCUCCACCACCCCCAGCGUCCGGCGGCUUCGGGGAGAGUGAGGGCGACGGCAGCCUGUCGCUGGGCAGCUGCCCGAGCCCAUGCAAGCGCCUGGACGAGGAGCUCAAGCGCAACCUGGAGACGCUGCCGUCGUUCUCCUCGGACGAGGAGGACUCGGUGGGCAAGAACCAGGACCUGCAGAAGAGCAUUUCGUCGGCCAUCUCGGCGCUCUACGACACUCCCCAGCUCAGCACCUCGUCGUCCCUCUCGGCGCCCUCACUGCCCCCUCCGCCUCCUCCACCUCCCCCUGCACCACUCACCCCGACCCAGCAGCCCCCGGCCCUCAGCCCCCAGCCCCCGACGCACACCCCGCACGGGCAGUCGGCCCACGGCCUCGGUCAGCACGCGGAGCCUGCCGUGCUUGAGCGGGAAGAGGCACCGGAGGAAGAGCCAGAGGAGGAGGAGGAGGAAGAGGAGGAGAUGGAGCAGGAGUCAGAGGAGCAGCAGCAGCAGCAGCAGCAGCAGGAGGAGCUGCGUCGAGAGGAGGAAGAGGAGCGAAAGAACAGCGAGGAAGAGGAUGAGAAGGAGGACACUGAGGAGGACCGAGUUCCUGAGCUGGAGAUGCUGGGCGUUCCGAAGGUCGGAGACUCUCCAGAACACACUCCUCUGCCAACUGGCCCCUCUUCUCCUCCUCCCCUCUCUCCUUCCUCCGCUCCUUCCUCCUCUCCCUCUCCUCCCCCGCUCCCUCCUCUCUUCCUCCCGUCACCCCUUCCACAAGAGGAGGAGGAGGAGGAAGAGGAGGAGGAUGCUGCGCAGCCAGACAAGGAGCAGCAGUCAUCGGCGGCGUCCUCUCCCGCUCCCUUGAGCCCGCUCGCUCCCUCCAUCCCCGUCCUCUCGCCCCCACCACCGCCGCGGUCGCCCUCGGCUUCCCGGCCGCCGUCCGCUCCCCUGUCGCUGGACGCGGCGGGAGGAGACGAUGACGCAGCACCUCCCGCCGAGUCGUCGCCCUCCCCCAGCCACUCGGGGGCAUCAUCGCCCUCGCCCCCACCCCCGGCCCCUACGCCCCCUCAGCGGACAGCGCCGGCCCUGGUGGCCCCCGAGUCUCCGGAGGAACCGCCCACGCCCCAGAUCCUGCCGCUGCACCUGGCGCAGAAGCAGACGGGCGCGGCCAUCACCGGCGAGAGCGAGGAGGACGAGAGUGAGAGUGGCGGCGAGGGCAUCUUCCGCGAGCGUGACGAGUUUGUGGUGCGCAUCGAGGACAUCAAGCAACUCAAGCUGGCACUGCAGACUGGCCGAGAGCCGCCGCCUAUCUGGAGGGUGCAGAAAGCGCUGCUGCAGAAGUUCAGCCCCGAGAUCAAAGAUGGCCAAAGGCAGUUCUGUGCCACCAGCAACUGUCAGUAUUUGGGCUACUUUGGCGAUGCGAAGAAACGGUACCAGCGGUUGUACGUGAAGUUCCUGGAGAAUGUGAACAAGAAGGACUACGUGAGGGUCUGCUCCCGCAAGCCAUGGCAUAGACCCUCUGUCGCACUCAGGCGCCAGUCCCUCCAGAGGAUGGCUGCCCCUGCCAACAACCAGUCGGCCCCUCUCGUGGAGAAGGAGGAGAAGCCAAAGGAGAAGGAGCAGCGCGAAACGAGAGAGAGGAGCAACGCCAAGGAGCGAGAGCAACGGGUCUCCGACCGGGCGGUGAAGUCGAAAGAGAAGGAGCGCGAGAAAGAGAGGGAGCGGAGAGCCCAGCCGGCGAUGGAGAAGGCCGAGAAGAGGGUCACGACGACGACGACGCCGGCGGCCGCCGAACGCACGAAGGCGAAGGAGGAGAAGAAGGGAGGCGGUGGAGAGAGGAGGUCGGAGCGUCCCUCCAAACCGGUCCAGGUCAAGGCCAAGGCCGAACCUCCGCCGAAGAAGAGGAGGAAGUGGCUGAAGGAGGUGCCGUCAUCAUCCUCAUCCGACUCCUCGGCCAGUGAGGAUGAAAUAUCUGUGCGAGGUGGGCUGAACACGCGUGCCAUGAGGGAGAUGUUCCGCAGCUACGUGGAGAUGCUGGUCAGCACGGCACUAGACCCCGACAUGAUCCAGGCGCUGGAGGACACUGAAGACGAGCUGUACCUCCCGCCCAUGCGAAAGAUUGACAGCAUCCUCGGCGAACAGAAACGGAAGCUCCUGAGGAGAGUCAACAUGAGCUCCCAACACCAGGAAGCCCUUCACACCUUCCCUCAAAUAUCUGCCGACCCGCUUGAUUCUGGAACAGUGAGGGUCCGGCUAGGCGGCGAGGGCUACAAUCGCAAAACCCUGAACCGUGUCAAAAAGAGUCUGCCCAAACCACAGGACCUUAAACUGUCGACUGAAACGUGUCGCAUCUACAGCCUCUAUCAUUCUCUUCAUCAUUAUAAAUACCACACAUUCCUACACUGUAAAAAAGAGACUGACAGUAUAGAGCAAGCUUCAGAAGACCCUGGCCAAGAGGAGGUGGUGCAGCAGUGUAUGGCCAAUCAGAAUUGGCUUGAGACCCUUUUCAACUCCUUUAUCGAGCUCAUGGCCCUCAGCUCAAAAGCGUAAGAGAGGCAGCAGGAGCGACGAAGUGGGUCAAAGUGCUGCCCUCUAGAGCCCUGGCUGAUGUAGUGCAGGCAGAAGGACUACGAGGACAGGAGAAAUGAAAUUUUAGAACAAUUUCAUAGGCGAGAUUUGGAAACUGCUGCCAUGCCUCGGAUUUGUUCUGGAAUAUUACACAAAAAUCUGCCUGACUUCAAGGCAUCAGUGCGAAACAUAAAGUGGGUCGUAAAAUAUCCUUUUUGAAACUGAUUCUUAUAGCUUCAGCACCUGACAAGAAAUGGGACUGAGGGUGACAUGGUGAAGAAGCUCACCGUCUCCACUCUCCGUAGUGAGAUUCACAUGAAUGAAAAGAGUAAGAGGCGAUUGUGAAACAGGAGCCAUCGCAUUUAAAAGAUAAACAAGCAAACUAAAUGGGGGAAAGGACAAAACGAUGAAGAUGAAGAUGAAGAAUGCAACAGUGUGGUUUGAGUCACAUGUUGCAAAAAGAGAAGAAAAAAAACGUUGAUGCAAAAAGACAGAUAUGAUACGGCACUGUGAACCAUGAUAUUCAAGGAAGUAUGGAAUCACAUUUCGAUGCAAAAGGAGACUUUUUUUUUGUUGUCGUUGUUUUGUUUUUUUGAGAGGGCGCUGUGAGUCAGUUGAUUCAUUGUGCACUUCUUUACUGACAGCGUGAACUGGUUCUGAACAAUGGUUAGAGAGUGAAACUGUUACUGUUUUACACAGAAUUAUUUUUUAAAAAAUAAUAAUGGUUUUAUCCUACUCUGUGAGGGACACUACAGAGCAGGUGAAAAGACUGGUAGUGUUUCUAAUGACGAGUGAAGAAUGCAGUGAGAUUUUAAAAUGGACUCGGAAAGGAAGGGUGACGGGAGGGGGGGUAAAUAUGUAUUGACAUUCAAUGCUUCAGGCAAUGUGAGUGCUGUGUAUGAUGUAGAAUAAUACUAUACACGCAUUUUUAUUAUUUAUACGAAAGACGUUUUUAACAGGAACUCACAUGAGAGAAACACAUUCAUUAGCCCUUGAAGUAACUCUUUUUCAUUUGUUUGUUUUAUUUGUUUGUUUCCAAAGGUUACAAAUGAAAUGUUUUUGCCACAUUUCCUAGCUUUUUGCCUUUACACUCUGCACGAAGGAUUUGCGUUCAAGGAGGACUUAAAGUGGCGUCAGUUUUAGUGUUUUUGUUUCCUUUUUAAAAAUAAGAUGGAGAGUGUGUGGAGGAAGAGAGAAAAAAGUUAAAUAUAUUUGAAAACUAAACAGCAUUGUAGGCUAUAAUUUCAUUCAUUCAUUCAUUCAUUCAUCCAUUCAUUCAUUAAAAAAAUAAAUAAAAAAAACAAAACAAAAAAAACGGUUGUAAGAGAGCUUCGAGAAGCAUUCUGCUCCCACAAGGGAUGGUUUAUGUACGCGUAAUAUUUAAGGAUGUUUUCAUUUUAUCCGCUUGUUGUUUGUUGGUAUCAUGAGUAUUAUUUUGGAACAAUCUUAAUAUUUCUGUUUUCCCCCUGAAAAACAGCCUUGUGUAAAUAUUGUACAGCUUCUGCCACGACCCCCUCUGCUUCUCCUGAACAUGGACUAUCCUUGUAUUUGACAAACAAAUAAAAAACCUUCAAAGUGGAGUAACAUCA